CAUUUUCUUUCUUAUAAUACAUAAUGAAUAAUUUACAGUAAAGUUUUUAUUUGAAAAGAAAAUAUUCGCUUGAAUCUUCUUCAUUAGAAAGAGUAGUCCUAAACAAAAUCACCUGAAGAAAAAGGUUAGCGAAGGUACGAACUUGGAGAUAGUUAACUACCUUGCAGAUUUAACAAAUCGCUUGAAAACACGUACGAUUGUGCAAAGUAAUGAAAGUUUAAUAGGACAUUAUUACAUACGGAUAAAUGCUUUAUCGGACAAGGCUUGUUAGGCAAUUGUUUAUGGAUUGAUCAUAAUAUUCAUCAAGGUGAAGGGCACACAGCUCUUCCAGGCUUGCUGGAUCAGGUUACUAUAUACAUACUAUUACAAUGGCUACAUCAGCAUCAGCAUCAUCACACCUUCUAGUGGCAGCGUUUGAUUUCGGAACCACAUACAGCGGCUAUGCAUUCUCUUUCCGUAACGACCCGCAGAAAGUUCAAACCAAUCAUGGCUGGAACGCAGGAUCAGAGAAACUUAUAUCGUAUCGUUAAAGACACCCACAUGUGUCCUUCUGAGUCCAGACCGGAAGUUCCAUUCAUUCGGAUUCAAGGCGGAGAAUAAGUACACUAAUCUUGCAGAAGAUGAUCAACACAAAGGGUGGUUAUUAUUCCGGCGCUUUAAGAUGGUUCUCCAUGACAACGAGAAUUUAUCUCGAGAAACAAUUAUUGAGGAUAUUAGUGGGGUGCCAAUGUCUGCCAUGACUAUUUUCUCCAUGUCCAUCCGCUAUUUGAGGGAACAUUUGAUAAAAACAGUAACAAGUCAAACGAGUGGUGUAGAAGAAACAGACUUACGGUAUGUCCUUACAGUACCAGCCAUAUGGAACGACAAUGCGAAGCAGUUCAUGAGAGAGGCAGCUGUUGAGGCUGGCAUAGAUGACUCACGUCUGAAACUCUGCCUGGAACCAGAAUCGGCCUCUGUUUGGUGUCAGAUUAUAUCAACUGAUGCAAAGGCAACAUUGUCAAAAUCUGGAACACAGUAUAUGGUUGUGGAUCUAGGCGGAGGAACAGCUGACAUUUCUGUUCAUGAAAAACUGAUUGACGGUUCAUUGAAAGAGCUGCAUAAAGCAAGUGGGGGUCCAUGGGGAGGAAACGCCGUAGACAAUAACUACUUUGAUUGGCUUACGGAGAUAUUUGGAAAAACUACAAUGGAUCGAUUCAAGACAGAGCAAAUGGCUGAUUAUUUUGAUUUGUUUAGAGAAUUCGAGACAAAGAAAAGAAACAUUUCAUUGGAAUCUGAAGGUAAAAUUACAUUCAGAGUGUCAGCAUCACUGAAGGAGAUCUACCAAGAAGUGGUUGGAAUACCUCUAAAGGAUAACGUUGCCAAUAUGGGACUGAGUAAAAUGGUUACAUUCAUAGGAGACAAACUGAGAAUUGAUGCGUCCAUCGUUAUUAACUUUUUUGAAAUACCCGUGAAUAGCAUGAUCGCACACGUAAAAGAGGUUUUAUCAGAGAAAGAAAUGAAGCAUGUCGACACCAUUGUAUUAGUUGGAGGGUUCGCAGAAAGUGAACUAGUACACGAAGAAAUGAGAAAGAAAAUUCAAAAUAAGAGAAUUAUUUUCCCGGACGAAGCCGGCUUGGUAGUUUUGAAAGGAGCGGUUCGUUUUGGCCAUAUUCCAGAUAUCAUCACUGCAAGGGUAAUGCCAUUCACAUAUGGGAUAAAAGUAAGGGUACCAUUUGAUGAAAAAAAGCACAUACUUUCAAAGAAAAAAUCUGAUAACGGAAAGGAUGAGGCAACGGAUAUUUUUCAAGUAAAUGUAAGAGCUGGACAAGAAAUAAAACUGGGUCAAGAAUACAGUUCAAGUAUGGAACUAGCAUCAGAUAUUUCUAAAGACACUUCUUUGAGAGUAUUCAGAUCCUCGAACAAAAAGCCAAAGUACGUGACGGACGACGACUGCAAACUACUUGGGCAAAUCAGGAUAAGCAGUUCCGAGGGCAAAAAUUUAAAAGACAGACGCAUCACGGCAACACUUGUAUUUGGAGAUACUGAGCUGCUUGUAAAAGUGAAGAUCUUGGAAACUGGCAAGGAAUUCACAAAGCAUAUUGACUGUCUGUAAACGUGACUAUAGCAUUUCACAGUUCUGAUUGUAAAAUAUUGUUCUUUGCAAGAGGUUGUGCUAUUAUAUUUUUGAGUUAGCUUAAAGUCAAAGGAACAAAAUUUAAUGUAUGCAAUGAAAUAAAAACGUUGUAUUUUACGAAUAAAAGUGAAAUGAGUUUUUAAGAAAUUUGAAAACUAAACAUGACUAUCAUUCUGACUCUUCGAAACAGACCUUAAUGUAUGAACUGUUCCACACGAGAAAUGGUUUAUGUUAGUGGUGCAACUCUCACACAGUUCGGUUUUGCUUACACAUUUGUCUAUCUUGUUUUCAUUUUAAUCUUGGUAUUUUCAUUCUUCAUGUUUUCCGCAAUUUUUAUGUAGAUACUAUUGCUUUUCUCAUCAACAAUAACAUCAUUAUUUGAUAAUCGAUCUGGAAACGAUUCAGCCAUAAUGAUGUUGGUACAUGACGUCCAGGUCAGAACGAGUGGACGUUCCGAUUACCUGAGGUCAAUAUAAUUGUGGCGCGUGAGGCAUACUGAACCCUUUUGGAUCCGUCAACAGCGGAUUUAAUGGUCUUUUUAAUCGGCUUUUUACUAUUUAUAGUAUUGUAUAUAAUCAAAUGUUUGAGUGAUAAAACAAACAUAAUACAGUGCGUGUAAAUGAAGAGUUAUGUGAAGACAGAUCUCUGAGUUACAAGACAUUUUUGUCGGGUACAAGGGAGAAAAAGACGCAAUUGUGCCAUUUAACAUGCAUAACACUUGUUCUAUAUACUGUAUAUUUUACUUUUCAUUCAAAUAGGUUACCUAUACUUGGACUCAGUGGUUUAUAUUUUCUCGUUCCUUUAAAUCUGGAAGUCCAUUAAAUGAUACUGUAUAACAGUUGUGAUGCUAGAGGCGUAUGUUUAGUAUGCAUAGUUCACUACCAUUCAUUAAGUCUACAAGUUGUUCGUAUCAUUAGUGGCAUAUCUAUAUGAACCUUCAUAGAGAAAUCACUUCCAAGCCUAGUUGGGCACCUUUAUAUUGGAAUUUGCUGUUCAUUCAGUUUUCACGAAGUUAUGGCUCUUUGAUUGUCAGAUGUUCAAUCCAUAAAGAAGUUCUUGUCCCCGGUCAUAACAAACCGGCCUGAUUUCAAUAAAACUUUGAUUGCUUUGUUCAGCAAUUUUUGCAUAUGGUCUGCGUGUCCAUCUCAAAUGAUUUUUUGGGAAUUGAUGACCCUUAAAGGUUAUUUUUGAAUACAAUCUGUUCGGACUACUUCUAUUAUACUACUGUUAGCGUUUCAAGCUAAGUUGCACAUAUAUUACUGUUUUGGCUUAAUGAAAUAAUUUUCCCUUGCACCCUUUGAUUAUUAUGAGAAAAUGAUUUCUUUUUUAUUUUAAAGGAUUAUAAAGAAGUCUUUAUUAUGAUAUUUUGUCUAAUUACCUCUGAUAAAAGACAUGGAAAUGCGGCACUGUAACGCUAUAUUAUAACAUAUCUUUUAGAGGUUGUUCGAUUGCGUUUGUUAAAGCGUAAUUUGAAAAGUUUUAUCGAUGUUGCUCAUUGCAGUGCAUGUCCGGAAGUGAUUAUCAUUUGACCCGCACGGCAAAAAUACGCAAAUAGAUGCAUGUCUGCACGCAUUUAGAGCAUAGUAUGUAUAUUAUACUGACUAAAGGUUAGGGUUAGUAUUACCAUGGUUACAAAAUAUAUACAUUAAAGAUACUCACGGUCAAAGUUUAUAAUGAUAAUCAUUGCCAGCUUUCAUAGCCAAAUCGCUGGCUUAUCGAUGAAACUGUCUCCCUUGAAAAUACUAUCGGCGUUAUCGAUUUCCCUAACCGAUUGAUUUUGCUACUAUAGAGAUAUAUAUAGGAAAUGAUUUUUUAAAUUGUAAUUACUUUUUUCUUUUUUAUUCCACAUAAUUUAUCCACGUAUGAGCACAAACUUUAAACUUUCAUUAUUUUAAUGAUGUAUAAAGUUUUGUAAUUUCAUAGCAACUUAAUGUUUCUCUACUCGUUAUAAAAUUGAUACUUUCACUCCCUAUUCCCACAAUAGAAAACAGAAGGGAAAAGAGUCAUUUUUCAUAAAUGACCAUUUUUCAAGUAGAUAUUUCGCAGGCACGUGCCCAGGUGGGGACCAGCCCCCCCCCCCCCCCAGCUGGCUGGCUAGUUCACGAUUUUUAUUACCAUGGGCCUCUCAAUUAACAAAUCUAUACACCAGCGCAAUUGGCUUGCUUUGACAGCAAUACACAGGCCAUAAGACCGUGUCCGGUAGUGUAAAUUAGCCCCAGGCAUGUUACAGGUAAAAGUUUAUCUGUACAUGCUUCAAUGAUCGCUCGCUUUUUAAACGCGGUACUUGACUGGGUAGUGGAGAAACAACUGACCAAUGAGGUUGCCCGAUACAUGAGAUUGUACGGCAUUGUAUUACUACUGUAUCAGUUUUACUCUUUUGGUUCCAAUAAUCUUACUUAAAGACUCUCAUGGUUUUUAAAGUAGUUUCUCAGUAAAUCUUACAAAACGCAUCUAAAACUCGUUACUUAUGAGGGGUUUUAUACAUAAAAAUAUGUGCUGUGAUGUUAUAGUUUGUACAGUUAAGAGUUCAUUGUCAUUUGAAAUCUAUGAUGUAAAUAGUAAUUGUCAUAAUACUUUGUUUUGUUGGAAAUCUAAAAACAUUUGGCCAUUUUGCAAAUAUAUCAAUCAUCUUAAAACUUCAACAAUUUUUUUUCAUUAUAUUUGCUUAGAAUACAAGAAAUGCAGAAAAAGUUCAAAAAAUAUUUUUGUGUUUUUAUUUAUUUUAUUACUAAUAUUUAUUUGUGAACUUAGUAAAUCAUUUUUCUACACAUCAUGUCAUUUUGUAUAUUAAUUUUGAGCAGUUUUUGAUAACUUUCUUUUUAGUGAAAUUACACAUAUUACUUUUUUUUAAUUAGAAAAAUGUUUUUUAUAUCAUGAUUGAAAGAAAAGGGUAGAAUUAAUAAAAUUUUAUUCAUUGAUUAAAGUGUAGUAUAGUUAUUGCUGACAAUAAUAUAGUUUGUUUUAUUAUGAUAAAUAAAGUUGAUUUUCAAACCACUAGCUUCUUUAUUACUGGUAGCUGGUUAUACAUUGGAUUGGUAGAUAUCAGAGACAAUACACUGAGACCUGGGUAUCAUACAGAAAAAUGAAGUCCAUACACUGUGACUGUACAAUCAUACAUACAUUGAAAAGGCUUGAUGAAAUGAUUAAAAAAGUAGACUUUUCCUUAAAUAUAUAAUACAUUCAUGCAUCCUUAAAGGUGUUUCAGGUAGCAGGAAAAUGCAUCUUUUCAUGUGCCAUAUUAAAAAAUUUUCGACAUCCCGAACCCACCCCAGGUUGGGCCCCCAGCAAAAAAAUCCUGGACACGGGCCUGUUUCGUACUUUUAUAAUUUUAGUACAAAAUUUAUCCAUGUAUGUGCACAAACUACAAAGUAUGAAGAUUUUAAUGGUGUUUUUAAAAAUGAAAUUUAUCAUGAUCUUAAUGCUUCCCUGAUUAAUUUAAAUCAGUCAUGUUUUAGCAAAAAACUAAACUUUUCUGGCCAUUCAACGGGUUUGUUAAACGCGUAUUACAUGGCUAGACCUAUUACAUGUAUUAGUAUACUGCUGGUCGAUUACAAUAUGAUUGUGUUUGAUCUUGUAUGUCAUUUUUCUGUUGUUUUUUUUUUUCUUUUCUUUUUUCAUCUAAAACUUGUUUCUUUUUUUAAUCAUCUUUUAAAUUUCUUUAUUGUUUGCUAUGUUUAAUCGUUAAAGAGACAAGAACAAGUGCAACCAAUUACCGAAUUACUAAUUGAGCGAAAGAAACUUAUCGUGCAUUUGAAAAACUGUGAAAAUAAUGCGACAAAUUGAAAGAAUGGGCUAAUACGAUAUGAUUGGAACACAAUGGAGGAAAUAGAAUCAUUUAAAUGUUUCCUUAGGCGUUUCCUCAGUUUCUUACCAGUAGAAAUGUUUUAUUUGGAGAUGUUCACAUAUUCAAAUUUGAUAUUUUAGAAAAAUUGUGACAUUCACUCAGUUGUUAAAAUUCGAGAAUAUUGUAAAUAACAUUUGGCUAAGAUUGAAAGUACAAUUUAGGCAACUUAUUAUUGAAAUCGAUUUGAUUUUAUCCAGUGAUAUUACAUUCCAAUAAUGGUGAUUGCAUGACUAUGAGAAAAGUAUUUUCCCAUUAUUUUGUAGGUUUUCUAUUAUAAAUAUAAUGGAAGGAUCACCUUCACCGGUAUGACUUUUUUCGGCGACGCCGUCUAAAUUCGUUUUCGUUACCUAUGCCACGUGACUUCAGUUUGCAAAUCAAACUACUUGAUAACGCAUUAUAGAUAAUUUAUCAAAAUGGAAGAUUUAUGUAACACUCUGCCUGAUUGGACGAGAGUGUCAAUUUCUUUCACUCUGUUGAUUGUGCUACGCUGAGUGAAAUGAAGACAAAGCGUUUAUCCUAAACGACGCUGUUCACAGUUUUAAAGCUAACUUUGGCUCAGUAUAUUUAGCAAGAAUACUGAUAUAUCUCAAAAUGAUAAGUAAGUUUAAUAAAUAUGAUAAAAACCUGUUCAAAUACCAACAUAUAUCAAAUUAAAGAAAGAGCUGAAUACGGUCUGCAUAUCACAUGAAUAAGGGUGUGAUAAGAGUCUUUUAUGUAGAGAAGUGCUUUUUAAAAGAUUUUCCUUGUUACAAUUGUCGUCUUUAUAUGAAAAAGUUUCUUGCUUUUGUCACUUAUUCAGAUUGCAUAUUAAAAUGAGUACUUGUUUGCUUUGA